UUCGUAGCGGCCUACGGCGUAGCGCUGGCAGUCUGCUCGCAUCGGCGUCCCCGAGCGCACGCCGCGUCGCGAUCCCCGACCGAACAUUUAAUACGAAAGUAAACAAAUAAAAUGUGAAUAUAUAAACUUUGUUAUAACAUGAUAGUAAGUGACCCGACAACUCUUGCAGAUACAUCCCACACUCAAAGAUGAAAGCGUGGAGUGCUCACGAGCAGGACACGUCGUUGUCUUGCUGUCGCACGCUGCACGUCAAGCACGCUGCCUACGCUAGUGCCCUCUACACCUUGAAUAUAUCAAUAUUAGUGGUGCUGUUGUACAGUUGGAGAAUCGGCGUCAAUGCCAAGAGAUAUAAGGAGCUGGAUGACGUAUAUUAUGGUGUACAGAUAGCAUAUUUUGCAAUAAUAGGAACACAGAUGUUUAUGAUAGUCCUCAGCAUAUUCCUCUUCUAUGGAAUUUAUAAAGAAAACGUGGCAUUUCUAGUGCCGUGGGUGGUCGGCUGCAUGACUUUCAUGGCGUUAGAAGCCAUGGCCAUGGUUUAUUCCAAUAUUCUUAGAGAUCAUGUUAACAAGCAAUUCGACUCAAUGUGCAAAGCCGAAAUAUCAUUCUUAAUACCACGGAUACUUCUAAAUUGUCUAUGCAUAUGGUGCAUCCUUCGACUGUACCACCUCCUCCGCGCCGGAGUCACAUGGAAGGGCGCAGCGCCCAUCGAGCUGUGACUACUACCCCCCCUCCAAGCUUCGGAGCCACAGCCGCGGAACUCGCAGCCCUGCGAGUCAACUCUCCUCCUGGGAGGGGCAGAAAGUGACACCGACGCUAGCCUUCACGAACUCUGACGAUACUCGUCUUUAAAUAUAUCAAGUUUUGUUUACUGUGAAAGCUUUUUGAUACGUCACCGAUGUUAAUGGACAAUAAGUAUUCUUUUGUUUUUAUGUACAAAACUGAGACUGGAACUGAAAUGCACCUUCGUUUUAUGUGAAAUGAUUCCUCGACGGGGAAGUUAGGACAUGACCAUAUGUACCUAGCUCUCUGUAACAAAGGAGCAUUCUUUGUCAAAGGAAGCUUAUUUGUGUAUCGAUUCAUGUUUUGUUCGUAACAAGGUACAUAUUUCUUGAAAGAAAAAUGUAAGAAUGGUCCCCAAGAAAUUCAACUUCAGAAUGCGAUAUGCAUUUGUUUCCAUCAUACAACUUCCAAUUAUUUGAGAAUGUAUGUAUUUGAAAAUGUAAAAAUACUGUCUCCGUUCCGCGAAGUAACACUAUGUCUCCUGUCCCCAAGCUAACCGAUUUUCCGAAACAGCGUAAAAGGAUAAUAAAUAUUUCAGCGUGACGGCGACGCUCCGGCCUCCUUGCGCCAGAAAAUUCUGUAAGACAUGAAUUUAUAGUGGCGUAUUUAACAACUUACUUGGUUUAUGAAUAUCUGAGAUGCUAUUUUGAACCUUAUUUAUGUCAAAGCAUUGGUACUGUGACUAGAAUAAUAACGAACCUUACAUAAUAUUUGAACACUUCUAUAGGUACAUAUAAAGGACUUAAAGUAUUGAUACGAUCUUGGAAGGUAGCUUUGACCUAAUUGCUUGCUACACAUAAGAUUUCUAGUGUUCGGUAUAAAGCCUAAAUCACCAAUCUAACAUCCAAGAUCGGGUUCACAGAUACCAAUGACCGAAGGAUUCGUCUCGAAGAUUCGACGGACUGUUUUUGUGCUAGUUUCGGGUCCUUUCAUACGCAGUAACACGUAAAACCAAGGAGUACGUUUGAUAUAGCAGAAUGAUUAGAAUUCGUGAAUCACUGGCAUGUAAAUUGUAGAACCAAUGUUAGUUUAUGACGCAAUUUAGUACCUUUAAUUAUAUUUUGGCAAAUGGCGUCACUAUUUCAUCGAGGUUGACAGUACCACAUUAAAAUUUGCAGUAAAUUACUAAACUAUGUUUAUGAAUGCAUUAACUAAAUUACAAACAGAUGUUAUUUAAAAGCUUAUUUUAAUACUAAAUUACUGUUUAUUUUUCAACUACUUAUGCUGUAUAUAAAGUAAAAUAUACACGAUGCAAAAAAAUAUCAGUGCAGUUAAUAUUUAAAAAGCGUAAUUAUGCAAAUUAAGGUUUAAUAAAAGCGAUGUGGGUUUUGCAUGGAGCAUGCAUUGCGUGUUUUAAGUUAAAAUGAAAUUACAAAGGAAUUUCUUUUGCGGACUUUUAAUUAUUGUUGUUGCAAUUUCAAAGUAGAAAGACAGGUUUAAUUAGUACAAUGGAAAAAGUAAUUUUGUAAUUCGUAUUUUUUGUUGUACAUUUUAAAAUUCUCUCAAACAAAUAUUUUAUGUAUUAUGUAACUCUACAACUUAAAUUACUUUUGUUCCCUAUCUUACUUUAUUCUGAAGGAAAAGGAUAAAAAAUACUUCAGAGGGUUUUCGAAUGACGUGUCAUUUAGCGGUUCAAUCUUCCAUGUUAUCGAGAGUACAAUAAUAUUGUUCACAGCGUAUCAUGUUAAGAUAUCAAUUUGUUGUUAGGUAUAUAUUUGUAUGAGAGGCUAGUUACAUCACUUGUGGAUAAAAAAAUCUAAAGGUUACUUACUGAAAAAUAACUGAAGAACUUGUCGACAAUUUUGUGUAGGUGUAAUACCCAAAAACAAAAAGCUCGCUGAUGAAUCGGAGUUUAAGUUUAAGUCUACUCAAAAAUGUCUACCAGCUCUCGGACUAAAAUCUACUGGUGAUGAAACUAGUCAUUAGACUUAUAUUUUUUUAUAACUAGGGUGUUGUUUUGUAUGCUGUAAGUUGUUUAAAGUUACGUUGGUGAUAAAAUAUGGAUUAUUUUAUUGAUAUAGACCGAAUUUAUUUCAGGACAUUGUACUAUAAGAACUCUCAUAGAAAAUGCUUUUAUUAUGAAAUAGGAUUUUUGACCUUUGGAACAUUUGAAAACAGUUGCUGAACAACGUGACUUUAAAGAACUUUUGAACUGUAAAUAAAGCUUGUUCAUAACAAUAACGAUAUAAACAAAGUUGUCAAAGAGCAACUUUUUAAUACCGUCGCGGUUUUACAAAUAUUUUGAAAACAAAACAAAACUAAAGCCUCUGUUCGAUCAAAACUUUGAUCUCCAAUAAAUUUGUAAAUAAUAUAAACGUAGAUCUAAAGAAAUGUUUUGUAUAUAAAAGUAAUAUAAAUGUAUAUUUAUAUAGACGCUGAAACAAAGCUUGUUUUAAUGCUUGUAAAUAAUAGAAAAUGACUUUUUAUUGGGUGAUGUAAACGCCCGUAAUUGUAAAUGCUAUAAAAUAGACAAAAUGAAAAAAUAUACGUUACAAUGAAAUUCCGAUAUUAUAAACGUCUAAUAAAUUGAAUGUUGA